ACGAACUAGGAAGAAGAAGAAGACCCUGCUUCAACAAUGGAGCAGUACAUCAUUGCCUUCCUCCUCUCCACCUUCCUUCUUCCUUCCUCAUCCCAUCACUACACCGCCUUAUUCAACUUUGGCGACUCGAUGUCAGACACAGGCAACGUCCGCAUCGGCCGGCUACCUUACGGCAUGACCUUCUUUGGCCACGCCACCGGCCGGUGCUCGGACGGACGCCUAGUCAUCGACUUCAUCGCUCAGGACCUGGGGUUUCCACUGCUGCCGCCGUCGAACGAGAGGGAGUCGAACUUCAGCAAUGGCGCAAACUUCGCGUGGGUGGCGGCCACCACGCUCGGCUUCGACUUCUUCAACGAGCGAGGGCUUAGCAAGGGCCUCUGGGUCAAUGCCUCCGUUUACGUCCAGGUCGACCGGUUCGAGAAGCUCUUGCCUUCCAUCUGCCGUGCUCCGCAAGACUGCAAGGAUUUCCUGGGCAAGUCGCUGUUCAUAGUGGGCGAGUUCGGGGGCAACGACUACAGCACAGCUCUAUUCUUCGGCAGGUCCAUUGACGAAGUCACCACCUUCGUGCCCCACGUCGUCCACGCCAUUUCCGACGGCGUCGAGAGGUUGAUCGGGCUCGGGGCGGUGGACAUCAUCGUGCCGGGGCUGCUUCCGGUGGGAUGCUUCCCCUUGUACCUGACCAACUACCAAACGCCGUACAAACAAGACUACGGCCCUAAGACUGGCUGUGCCAGGAGAUACAACACCCUCUCGUGGCUGCACAACGCACAGCUCCGGCGAGCCCUCGACGAUCUCCGGCGAAAGUAUCCAGCAAUAUCCCUCCGAUACGCCGACUAUUACUCGCAAAUCUUCGAUUUCGCCAUCAAUCCGCUGAAAUACGGGUUUACUGCGGGAGCAUUGAGGACUUGUUGUGGAAACGGCGGCGGGCUUUACAACUACGACCAAAGUCGGCGGUGUAACGAUAAAGGGUACACAGUGUGCGAGAACAUAUCGACGCACGUGAGCUGGGAUGGCAUCCAUAUGACGGAGGCAGCCCACCGUGUGAUCGCCAGUGGAUGGCUUUAUGGCCCCUACGUCGAUCCUUCUAUUUUGACAACCUUCUCCAACACGUAGCCUGCCAAUUGUUUCCCUUCCUUCCAGAAUAUACGUCGACCGUGCCGAUUUAAG